UAGCGCAUGAUAUAAAAAUGUCCAAGUAUGUGCUAGUGGUCAUAUUUUUCUCAAUAUCAUUAAGUGAAUGUAUGCGCAAAAAUGUUUGCAAAACGAUCGAGGAUUACAGGACAAUCGAGCACAAUUCGAAUUGUUGGUAUAAUCCUGACGUCGGAGCCAGUCCGGCUGAAAUUAUCAAAGGACACGGUUAUCCUUUUGAAAGUUAUGAAGUUGUGACAAAGGAUGGCUACAUUGUCACGUUAUUUCGGGUGCCUCAUAACGGGACGAAAAAACCGGUGGUUUUUUUACAACACGGAUUGGCUGUUGACUCUUCCUGCUAUCUCUAUUUGGGGGCAAAAUCCAGCGUUUUUGUUUUCGCGAAUAAUGGAUAUGAUGUCUGGUUGUCCAACAGUAGAGGUACCAAAUACUCGCCAAAACACACCAAAUACACGGUUUACGACCCCGAAUACUGGAAUUUCAGUUUUCAUGAAAUGGCACUUUAUGACCUUCCAGCCAUGUUGGAAUUUAUUGUUGAAAUGACGGGCCAAACCGGCCAUAUCCACUACAUCGGCCAUUCGAUGGGUACCACAAUCUCCUACAUUUAUGCCUCACUUAUGCCACAACAUGCCAAAAUGACCUUAAGGUCAAUUGUGUCCCUAGCACCGAUUGCCUUUUUGGACAACAUUUCGCCACUUGUCAGAGCUGUAGUGCCGUUUCGCUACUUAAUUGCGGAUUUUUUCGCCUCACUUGGGUUGUACGGUGUGGGUCCCAAUGUGCAAUUCAAACUGGAUUUGGUCCUGAAAAUGUGUGCCCGUUAUCCGUUUAUUUUGAUUUGUUCGAAUUUUGGUGACAUUGCAGGGACGAAUCAGGCGGAAAAUAGGGCGAGUACUCUUCCUGUUACUGCGGCGACUCAAUUGUCGGGUAUUGCGCUGAAAACUGUGCUACAUUACGCGCAAAUAAUAGACACAAGGGGCCGAUUUCAAUAUUUUGAUUACGGGCCUUAUAAUCGUAAAAUUUAUAACUCGACUGUGCCACCCGAAUAUCCAAUUUAUAAAAUUAAAAUCCCAGUUUAUUUAUUUUAUGGAAGGAGAGAUUUACUGGCGACGGAAAAGGACGUUUAUCAUUUGUACAAGAAACUGAAAACUGAAAAGAAAAUAAUGGAGAAAGAAUUCUUAUCUUUUUAUUUGCAACUCAAAAAGUCAGUUUUGUGUCUUUUAAUCAUGCACCACACACUUUUAACUUCUUUCAUUUUUCUUUUUAUCCCUUGUGCUUUUUCCCAAAGCUCACUUUUCGAAUAUGGUAGCCCCCACGGUUACCACAAUCCUGAUGUCCUCUCAGACGUGAUGACGAUGACACAAAGACAUGGGUAUGAAAUCGAGGCAAUUAGUAUGACUACCAAAGAUGGGUAUAUUUUAACASUGUAUAAAAUUAGAUCGAGUAAAGCCCAAGGACCCAUGAAACCCAUGUUGAUCCAGCAUGGGCUUACGGCCAAUACGGGACCUAUGGUCGAUAAGGGAAACCGAUCCAUUGCGUUUUAUUUCGCUGAUAGGGGUUGGACGGUGUAUUUGAGCAAUACCAGAGGGACCACUUAUUCAAACAAACACGUCAACUUAACCACACAUGAUGCAGAGUUUUGGAAUUAUAAUUUGGACGAUAUCGCAGCAAUUGAUAUUCCAACCCAACUCGAAUACGUUUUUAAAGAUUCUGGCCAAAAAGUGGUCUAUGCUGGGCAUGCCAUGGGCCCCACUGUUGUCUUAAUGUUUGCCUCACAGUUCCCAGAUUUGGCGAGUCAAUAUCUCGAAAGAAUUAUAGCCAUAGCUCCUAUUAUUUAUCUAGAUGGAGUCCCCAUUAUUGCAUUAUUGAAACCAAUUGCAACACCACUUUUAGAUAUUUUGGACUUAUUUCGGAUUUGGGGGAUAUUCUACCAUGAGACUUUAAUCCACACAAUUUUGGUCAAAUUUUCUUAUAACGCUCCUCUUGUCUGCAGACUAUUCCUAGAUAUAACUUUUGGUAAAACUACUCAGAUUUCAGACGAAGAUUUCUUGUUGCUCUUCAGUUAUUUUCCAAGUGGCAUCUCGAUUUUUCAAUUGAAACAGUAUUUUCAAAUCGCGAGUAGUAAAAAAUUCCAGAUGUACGAUUUCGGUUUGAUUAAAAAUAAUCAAAUAUAUGGGUCUCCCAAGCCGCCAACUUAURCACUCAAAAAUUUAAGAUUGCCGGUGCAUUUGUUUUAUGGUGAAAAUGACCGUUUUUACAAGAAGAAGAAUUUYGAAAGAUUGUUUAAUGAGAUUGGAAGUGAGGAAAAAACGGCAUUUGCGACUGGGUCUAAUGUCGGAAAGCCUUUCAACCAUAUUGAUUUUUUCUACUCAGAAGAUGUGAUCGAAUUGUUUUACGAGAACAUGGAGGAGAUUUUAGAUAAAGGGGAUUUACCAGAAUAAUGUUGUUUGGUUGUAGUUUCAAAAAUAAAAUUUAUUGAUUGAU